UCGGCCCCGCGCUCGGGCAGCGCCUGGGGGAGGGUCCGGGGUGGGGCGGGGGCCGGGGCCCGGGUGGCCCGCCCCUUCGCUGCUGGACGUGGACGAUUUGGGCCAUUUCCAGAAACCCUGCAUUGCUCUUGGGGUGCGUCCGCCUCGCCCCUCCCAGCCCUCCGCCACCCGGACCCUGGUCGCCCCUUACUCUCCCGGGACCCCAAGACCGCCGCCCCCCACUCCCCCCCACCCCGGUGCGUCCCGCUCGCGCAAGAGGAUGCUCGGGCUGCUGGUGCUGCUGCCGCUGCUGCCCGCGCCCGCCCGCGCCCCGGAGCCCAGCGCGCACGACCUGAGCCUCGGCGUGGACUGGCUGACCCGCUAUGGCUACCUGCCGCCGCCCCACCCCGGCCAGCUGCAGCUGCGGAGCCCCCUGAAGCUGCGGGACGCGGUCAAGGUGAUGCAGCGUUUUGCUGGGCUUCCGGAGACCGGCGUCCUGGACGCGGUGACCGUGGCUGCCAUGCGCAGGCCCAGAUGCUCGCUGCCGGACGUGCUGGGCCUGGCAGGGCUGGUGAGGCGGCGGCGCAGGUAUGCCCUUGGGGGCAGUGCCUGGAAGAAGCGGGUCCUGACCUGGAGGGUACAGUCCUUCCCCCGUGGCUCUGCACUGAGGCCGGAUGUUGUCCGCACUCUCAUGCACUUUGCCCUGGCCGCCUGGGGGGCCGAGACAGACCUCACCUUCCGAGAGGUGGGAACGCAGGACACCCCAGAGCCCGACAUCCUCAUCGGCUUCUCCCAGAACUUCCACGAGGACAGCUACCCGUUUGAUGGCCCCGGGGGCACGCUGGCCCAUGCUUUCUUCCCUGGGGAGCACCCCAUCUCAGGGGACACACACUUCGAUGAUGAGGAGACCUGGACUUUCGGGGUGAAAGAUGGCGAGGGGACAGACCUGUUUGCGGUGGCCGUCCAUGAGUUCGGCCACGCGCUCGGCUUGGGCCACUCCUCGGCGCCGGACUCCAUCAUGAGGCCCUUCUACCAGGGUCCUGUGGGUGACCCUGCCAAAUACCGCCUGUCACAGGAUGACAGGGAGGGCCUGCAGCAGCUCUAUGGGAAGGCGUCCCAGACCCCGUCUGCCAAGCCCACGAGAAAGCCCCUGACCGCACCCCCCCAGCCGCCUGCCCUGCCCCCCGACAGCCCCUCCACCCCCUUCCCGGACCGGUGCCAGGGCAAUUUUGAUGCCAUCGCCAACAUCCGCGGAGAAACCUUCUUCUUCAAAGGCCCCUGGUUCUGGCGCCUCCAGCCCUCGGGCCAGCUGGUGUCACCCCGGCCCGCGCGGCUGCACCGCUUCUGGGAGGGGCUGCCCGCCGACGUGAGGACGGUGCAGGCGGCCUACUCACGCCCCGACGGCCGCAUCCUGCUCUUCAGCGGCUCCCGGUUCUGGGUGUUCCGCGACCGGCUGCGAGAGGGGGAGCCGCGGCAGCUGACGGCGCUGGGGCUGCCCGAGGGCGAGCAGGUGGACGCCGUGUUCUCGUGGCCGCAGAACGGAAAGACCUACCUGGUGCGCGGCGGCCGCUACUGGCGCUACGACGAGGCGGCCCAGCGCGCAGACCCCGGCUACCCGCGGGACCUCGGCCUCUGGGAGGGGGCGCCGCUCGCCCCCGACGACGUCACCGUCAGCAACGCAGGUGAUACCUACUUUGUCAAGGGCACCCAAUACUGGCGCUUUCCCAAGGGCACAGUCCAGGCUGAUCCUGACUCCCCCCAACCCUUGGGCCCCCAGUGGCUAGAUUGCCCCAGACCCCCCCAAACCACCCCACAGCCAGGAGGCUGCAACUGUCAGUGUGAGAUCAACCAGGCCUCAGGGCACUCGGCGGGGUCCCUUCUGCUGCUUCUGCUGAGCCUGCUGCUGGGGCAUGUCGCUGGCCACUGAUGGAGACAGGCCACACCCCACUCCAGCACCUGUGAAUGCAGUGACCCCUUCUGUCCCCAGGGGAGGGGCGGGAGCCCUGGGGGGUAGGAGGCAGGGGCAAAACUGGACGUGGCCUACCUCUGGACCCCCUCUCAACCCCCUCCCCUUCCCUGGCUGGUGGUGGCUGCCUGCCUGGUCCUCUCUAGGAAAGCUAACCUUCCUGCCACUGCUCAGCCCAGAAUUUCCCACCAGGGGGCGGCAGAGACCAACCCUCACGCCCCAUAUUGAGUUUUCCAGAAGGUUCUCCCUCUCCCUGUCCUGCUUCCUUGAUGUCAGUGACUGCCACAUAGAUAGGGACCACAGCCCAGAAGCCACAGCUGAGCACAUCUGGGCUCCAUCAGCAGCUACUCAGAUAAUCUCCUUUCUGGUCCCCCAUGCUGGACCUCUGAGCUGCAGCCUUUCAACAGAAGCCCCCCCAACCCCCAACCUCUGCUGCCAGCUUGCAGGGUUCCACUUCCUCCAGGAGAGCUGUGGCUCCCAGGAGCCGGGGGAGGGGUGCAUCAGGGCCUUCAUUCCCUACUCCUUCCUGAUGAGACUCAGGAUCUGAAUUAGCACCUACGGAACUGUUUCUGGAAUAUUCCAUACCACUGUCCCACAGCAGGCAGUUUAGCAGUUUAGGGUGCAGAUACCUUUAUCCUCAUUGUGGGGCUGUGGGGGGUGGGAAGGAGCUGGGCCAACAGCCCCCCUGUGAGAACUUUCUGGGCUCUGCUCUCCCUCAAGCAGCCACCAGCUUCCUGUUUUCCAAGUACCAACAAUGGCCUUGAGUGGGGACCCCAAGGGUGACCUCACUAAGCUGUCGGGUCACUGCCCAGCUGCAGUGGCCAACGUUGGAGCCAGCAGACACCAAGACCACACCCCAGCCCAAUCCCUGGCCUGAGUUUCUGUCACCAAGAAUCACCUGUGCCAGCGUCCUCUCCAUGGGUGAAGAGAUGUUUGUCUGUCCUCCCAGCAUAACAGACAUGUGGCCAAUGGACUGGGGGAGGUGACGCCCCUCUGAGUGGCCCUGCUUUGUAGAGAAUGUGGGUGCAGGGUGGUGCAGAAGGAAGAGCAGGGAGAGGCACCCACACUGUUUGGGGGGCAGAGGAGGGUGUCAUGUGAAAGCAGAGGUGCUUCCACUGUGCCAUGGAAGCUUCUGGAAAGCUGAGACUGGAUGAAGCUGCUGGGGAAACAGCCCAGCGGGCAGCCACAGUGCCUGGGUGCUUGGGACCAGCCCAGCCCCGGAGCUCUAAGACUUCUCUCGCUGUCCUGUGAAACUCUACCAUCUCAUACAGAAUAAGCAGAAAUAAAUAUCUAAAAAUGAGUUUAUUACACAGAA